UGCAUUUUCGGCGCCCAAGGCUAGGCGUUAAUUAUUCCGGCGCCCAGCCAUGGGCGCUGAAAGUCCUUUCCUGGCGAAUUUUGAUUUUCGGAUUUCUUAACGCGUUUCCCAAUGGGAUCAGGAUGUCACUUGAUGUCUUCAGCUAUAUAUAGGGGCUAGAUACGUCCCUAUUUCCCAUCACUCUCAAUUUCCUUCUCUCUUGUAAUUGUUGCGUUUUAAUUACUCCUUGCUUUUGUCAUGUCGAUUCCUCCUUUCUCACGCCAACGGGCUGUUAGGCGUUGGCUACGAGCCCUUACUCCUACAGAAAAGGCUUUGUUGAAAGAAUACCACUUAGAGGCACUUUUAGGCUUACAACAAAUUAAUAUUGAUUACAACUUUCUGCAUGCAGCCCUAAGCUUUUGGGAUUCCGAUCAUCAUGUUUUUAUUUUUCGGGGCAACGAAAUAUGUCCUUUGCCAGAUGAAUUUGCUGCGAUCCUUGGUUAUCCUACUAAUGCUACUCCUGCCACUCCUGGCACCAUUGAAGAGGGUAAAACAACCAUAGGGGCUUUCCUAAGACUAGAUGCUAACAUGCUUGCUGAGAUUGUUGUAGGUGAUGAGGUUAAUUUGGCAAAACUUGUAAAACAUCAUUUUAGGCCUAGUAAAAAUAUGACCGAACAGAAAUUGAACAUUCGGGCCCUUGUAUUUUGCUUGUUGAAUCAUUAUUUGCUGUCGAAUAAUAAUGGCGAGUUCGGUGACAUAAGGUUGAUCCCCUUGAUUAGCCAGAUGGAAAGUUGCUAUUCUAUUAUGCCGUUGGUUGUUGCCGAGACUUUGAUGAGUGCGGAUGAGCUGAAGAAGGUUGCCAAAUCUGAAUAUUUUAAGGGGAGCCCCCAAUUGCUGCAGAUUUGGCUCAUGGAACGACUAGGCUUUUGGAAACUCCUGCCGAUCCUAAACAUUAUCGCCCUAUAGCCUUGGGUAACCGAAAAUAUUUGCACCGAGGCCAAGACGAGGCCGAGUGGGCCUCCUUUUUUACUCAUGGUAUCUGUUCUAUUAAGUGGGUGGUACCGUGGUGGGGUUUGACUACUAUGACGGGGGGUUCUGAUGUAUCGGUUUAUGUUUCCUUGUUGGGGCUAUCUCGGCCCAUUUAUAUCUUCCCUUACCGAGUCAUGCGUCAAUACGGUUUAAGGCAGACUAUCCCCUUUUCUGAUACGGUACCACCUAAAGUAGCGGCCUUUUCACAAGCACAGGUUCAAGCAUGGGCUAAGUAUUAUGAUGGUCUCCCGCGUUGGGCCGUAGCUACAAAUGGCUUUGUGGGUCUUUCUGAAAACUACAAGUUGUGGAUGAGCUCCGAUGAUAAGGCUGUGAGGACCAAGGCUCGUAAUGGGGAGCCGGCUGAGCUUUUGAUACCUCGUAUUCGGGUUAGAUAUGAGGGCCGUGAUUCUGCCAAUCCUCGCACCCAUGGUAUUAAAACUGUGAAAGCUCGUCCUGAUCGAAAGCGAAAGGAAGUUCCUCCCCGUUCUAGUUCAAGGCCCAAGAAGAUGCCUAACAUGAAGGGGCCUGCCGUUGUUAAAGGAAAUGCAGGCUCUCGCGGAGAUCGUCGCCGGAACAAUGUAUGGGUUAGGAAGGCUCAACCGCCAGUAGAAACAGUAAUCCAGUUGAUGUUGAUAAUCCUUCCCCUACCAUUGUCUGUGCCCUUGAGGCUGAGCGGGCUAUAACCGAGAAUGUUUCUGAAGCCUUGGCGUCUUUGGAAGUUAGUGUCCAGGAGCCAGUUCUUAUCGAGAUUGAUAUAGGGGCAGCGCAGAAGACUGUAGGGGUGGAUCCUGCGAACGUUGCCCUCUACAAGACUUUAUUUGAUGAUCCGGAAGAACUAGAGUAGUGUAGUUCUUGCUAGGGUGUAGCUGCCCUUUAUUUAUUUCAGUUGUGUUUGUUUUUCAUUCCUUAGCACUUUGUUUUCCUUCUUAUUAUUUUUUAAUAAAGGCGUAUUUUAUUUUCAUUUUUUGUCUAACACUUUUUGCACAAUGUAUAUAUGUUUUUUUUUAUUGGACCGAAUCCUUGGUAAGGAUUGCCUACGUAUCUUGUCAGAAUCAGGUCGCGCGUAGUUCUAGCUAGAAUAAAUUCUAGGAUGCCGGAUUUUAAUAGAUAUGCCCUGAGGUGGAAGCAUAUUACUUAAUCGGUCAAAUGAGUGAAGUAUUAUCAUUAUUUUCGUCUGCCGCUUUUUUUUGCCGUAAGCCGCGUAUUAUGUUAUUUUUUUGUACGGCUAUAUUUUUUUUUUGGUAAGCCUAUUUGGAUACGUGCUGUACCCCCCAAGUGUUCGUUAUUUUUCCGUUAUGUGCGGAUAAAAUGACGAGCACUUCUGGAAAAAAAAUUUAGGCAGGCAGAGAGUUUCAGCGCCCAGGCUGGGGCGUCAAAGAUUUCGGCGCCCAGCCCUGGGCGCUGAAAAUGAUUUCUGGCGGUCGCUUUUGACGCUUUGCUUCACAUGUUCUUGCAUUAAUUUCUUUUUUUCUUCGUUUUGUACUUUGCUUUUUGCUCGUAUUUAAAAUCAAUUUUGAGGCUAUUUCGGAGGCUUUUUUGACUGUUAGCGUAAUACGCAUUUUUGUCCGGAUUAAUUUUUUCUAUUCGUGACUCGAAACGGCUUUGAAAAUGGAGUUAGGGUGCGGAAGAUAUGAAGAUCUUUGUGUAAGCUUUUGGGUGGGUUGAGGUGUGUGUUAAUGAAGGGUAUGGUGGGGUUACAUUUUAUUAAUUUCCUUUUUUAAGCAACAUUUGCAUUUGUUUUGGAUUUGAUUUCCUUUGAUUUCUUUGGGUUGCAUGGGUUGACCUUUAUGAUUACACGGGUUGACUUUUUAUGUCUUGGA